UCAUGGUAAUGAGAGAUGAAAAUGAUUAUGCAGCUUCCUGAUUCGAUGAAGCAAAGUCAGGCAGAACUGUACAUGGAGACCUAUCAAGUUCUUGAUUUGGAGAUGAGUCGUCUGCGUGAAAUUCAGAGAUGGCAAGCAUCAGCUGCUUCUAAACUGGCAGCUGAUAUGCAACGAUUUUCAAGGCCUGAGAGGCGCAUAAAUGGUCCUACCAUAACUCAUCUUUGGUCCAUGUUGAGGUUGCUUGAUGUUUUGGUACAACUUGAUCAUCUUAAGAAUGCAAAAGCAAGCAUACCCAAUGAUUUUUCUUGGUAUAAGAGGACUUUUACUCAAGUCAGUGUUCAGUGGCAAGAUACUGAUUCAAUGAGGGAGGAGUUAGAUGAUUUACAGAUUUUCUUAAGCACCAGAUGGGCUAUUUUAUUGAACUUGCAUGUUGAGAUGUUCCGUGUGAAUAAUGUAGAAGACAUUCUUCAAGUCCUUAUAGUAUUUUGUGUUGAAUCUCUGGAGUUGGAUUUUGCACUUCUGUUUCCAGAACGCCAAAUUCUCCUACGUGUCUUGCCUGUUCUUGUCGUUCUAGCAACAACAUCAGAUAAAGAUGGUGAAUCAUUGUACAAAAGGGUGAAAAUCAAUCGACUCAUUAACAUAUUCAAGAAUGAUCCUGUUAUUCCUGCAUUCCCAGAUCUUCAUCUUUCUCCUUCAGCAAUGUUGAAAGAGCUGUCGAUGUACUUCCAAAAAUUCUCAAGCCAAACUCGUCUUCUUACUCUCCCAGCACCACAUGAACUCCCAGCUCGUGAGACACAAGAUUAUCAGAGGCAUUAUUUUAUUGUCAAUCACAUUGGAGCUAUACGUGCCGAGCAUGAUGAUUUUGCUGUUCGUUUUGCUUCAUCCAUGAACCAGAUUAUAUCACUGAAAUCAACAGAUGGUGCAGACGUUGAGUGGUGCAAGGAAGUGAAGGGAAAUAUGUAUGAUAUGGUUGUUGAAGGUAUUCAGCUUCUAAGCAAAUGGAGUGGACGCAUUUGGGAACAGUGUGCAUGGAAAUUCUCUCGUCCCUGUAAAGAUGCAAUUCCUGCAGAAACUCACGAGAGUUCUGCAUCAUUUUCUGACUAUGAGAAGGUGGUUCGGUGGAAUUAUACCAUGGAGGAAAGGAAGGCACUGGUAGAGCUUGUUGGUUACAUAAAGGGUAUUGGUUCAAUGAUGCAGCGGUGUGACACGUUAGUUGCUGAUGCUCUGUGGGAAACAAUCCAUGCUGAGGUCCAAGACUUUGUGCAGAACAAAUUAGCCACCAUGCUGCGAACUACAUUUCGCAGGAAGAAGGAUUUGUCUAGGAUUCUUUCUGAUAUGCGGACACUUUCGGCGGACUGGAUGGCAAAUACAAGCAAGCCUGGGUCAGAGUUGCAAUCUUUACAACAUGGAGGUGAAGAAAACAAAGGGAAUUUAUUUUAUCCAAGGCCAGUUGCUCCAACAGCUGCUCAGGUUCAUUGCCUGCAGUUCCUGAUAUAUGAGCUUGUAUCCGGUGGUAAUUUGAGAAAGCCAGGAGGGCUUUUUGGAAAUACUGGCUCAGAGAUUCAAGUUAAUGAUCUGAAACAGUUGGAAACUUUCUUUUACAAGCUUGGCUUUUUUCUCCAUAUCUUGGAUUAUACAGUGACCAUUGCAACAUUAACUGAUCUUGGUUUCCUCUGGUUUAGAGAAUUUUAUUUGGAGUCUUCUCGUGUUAUCCAGUUUCCCAUAGAAUGCUCUCUUCCAUGGAUGCUGGUGGCUUCUGUGAUCGAGUCCCAGGAUGCAGGUCUACUUGAGAGCAUUCUGAUGCCAUUUGACAUCUAUAAUGAUUCUGCCCAACAUGCAUUGGUUGUGCUGAAGCAGCGUUUCCUGUAUGAUGAAAUUGAAGCCGAGGUGGAUCUUUGUUUUGAUCAACUGGUUGUAAAGUUGAGUGAGACUGUUUUCACAUAUUAUAAAAGCUGGGCAGCAAGUGAGCUACUUGAUCCUUCUUUCAUCUUUGCCUUGGACAAUGGAGAAAAAUAUUCUAUUCAACCAAUUCGAUUCAAUGCACUGCUAAAGAUGACCAGGGUAAAGCUCUUGGGAAGGACCAUUGACUUAAGGAGCUUAAUUGCUGAACGGAUGAACAAAUUAUUCAGGGAGAACCUUGAGUUUCUGUUUGACCGUUUUGAGUCUCAGGAUCUGUGUGCUAUUGUGGAAUUAGAGAAGCUCGUUGAUAUCUUAAAACAUUCCCAUGAAUUGCUUUCGAGAGAUCUUUCAAUGGACUCAUUCAGUCUCAUUUUGAAUGAGAUGCAAGAGAACAUAUCUCUUGUUUCCUUUUCUAGUCGACUUGCUUCCCAGGUGUGGGCAGAGAUGCAGAACGAUUUCUUGCCCAAUUAUAUCCUUUGUAAUACUACUCAACGUUUUGUUAGAUCAUCUAAAGCAUCGCUUGUUCCAGUUCAAAAGCCAUCAGUUCCCUAUGCCAAACCUAACUUCUAUUGUGGUUCUCAAGAUCUAAAUAUGGCUCAUCAGAGUUUUGCACGAUUGCACAGUGGAUUCUUUGGAAUACCUCAUAUGUUCUCCAUUGUCAGACUAUUAGGACCUAGGUCAUUGCCAUGGCUUAUUCGAGCUCUUCUGGAUUAUAUAUCAAACAAGAUAACAACGCUUGAACCAAUGAUUAGUGGAUUACAAGAAGCAUUGCCAAAAUCUAUUGGAUUGCUUCCCUUUGAUGGAGGUGUUGCAGGUUGUCAGAGGAUGGUUAAAGAACAGCUUAACUGGGGAUCAAAAUCCGAGCUUAAGGCAGAAGUUCUUCGUGGCAUAAAGGAAAUUGGAAGUGUAAUAUAUUGGAUGGGGCUUCUUGAUAUUGUAUUGAGAGAAGUCGAUACUACACAUUUCAUGCAGAUAGCUCCAUGGUUGGGUUUGAUUCCUGGAGCCGAUGGGCAAAUAUUCCAUUCUCAAGAUGGAGACAGCCCUAUUGUCUCCCUAUUCAAAUCUGCAACUGCUGCAAUCACAUCAGACCCUAAAUGCUCAAAUCGAGCAUCCUUCUAUACCAUAUCAAAACAGGCAGAAGCUGCAGAUAUGUUAUACAGGGCAAACAUGAAUACAGGGAGUGUCCUGGAAUACACCCUUGCUUUUACUAGUGCUGCAUUGGACAAAUAUUGCAGUAAAUGGAGUGCAACUCCCAAGACUGGGUUCAUUGACAUUACAACUUCAAAGGACUUCUAUCGUGUAUUCAGUGGCCUUCAAUUUGGAUAUUUAGAGGAGUCUGUUCACACACCAUCACACAGUCAUGAAGUUUUGGGUGAUUCAGUGGCUUGGGGUGGUUGCACUAUCAUAUAUUUGCUUGGUCAACAGCUGCACUUUGAGCUCUUCGAUUUUUCAUAUCAGCUCCUCAAUGUUGCAGAAGUGGAGACUGCAUCAAUUGCGCAAUCAAUUAAAUAUGCUAAUAACGUGCAGGGGUGGGAAAACCUGUUAGAAGCUAUGAAGAAAGCAAGGAGAUUGAACAAUCAUGUGUUCUCAAUGCUGAAAGCACGUUGCCCACUUGAAGACAAGACAGCAUGUGCAAUAAAGCAAAGCGGUGCCCCUCUCCAUCGAAUCAAAUUUGAGAACACUGUAUCAGCGUUUGAAACAUUGCCUCAGAAAGGUGCCUGAAUGACCUGACUGGUUAAGUGUGCAUUUGUGCUAUACUUUUGUAGGUUCAAAAUUUUCACAGCUGGCAUUCCAAGUGUUUCUCUGUUCUAAAGAAGGGAAAGAAAAAUUAAAGAUGAUGAGAGAGAUGGCAUUGUGAACUGUUUCUGCUGCAA